AUGGGCGGGGAUCAUAUGGAUCUGGAGGAUGAUUUUCGACAGUGUUUGCACGAUCCAGAGAAGGUUCAGUGCAUCCUUUGCACCCAGUUCUACGGGAAAUCUGUGGAGAUCAAGAAAAGAGGGAGAAAGAUUCACCUUUCAUCGCGAAAACAUACCGACGCCCUCUCCAAAACUGAGGUGCAUGCAAGGAAUGAAUCUGAAGAAAACCCGUCAGGAUCCAGCACACACGUCGAGCACGCACCGCCAAUUCCACUUCCACAGCGCUUUCUGACGUCCACGCAAGAGACACUGGAAUGUCAAGAGUUCGAAAGCGAGGGCAUAGCAUCCCUGGUAGAGGACGAUGGAUUGAUUUAUUCUGAGGACCAUACUCCCCUGUACUUCAAUGCUGGACACAUUGGUGGAGACGAGGUUGAAAGAAACCUGCGUGCUGGACUGGGGAACCUCGAGUACUUGACGCUCUCAGACAGGUUUGGCUACUUCACAUCGCCAUAUUCCAACACCAUCGAUGAUGAAGAAGACGCACUUGAGGAUUCAACGACCAUGACCAGGCUUCAGCAAGAAUUGAAUAGAAUGGAAAUGGAUGCAGAUGAUGAGGAAUGGAACGAUAAGCUGUACGCCGAGUCUCUGGACCCGUCCGACCGCAACAAAUGGGGUUCCCAUGGUUCCAGAACGAUGUUCUACCUGGACCUUAUUUGCAAUCUACCCCGUCUCCGGCUAUCCGACGACCAUAUACGAGCCAUUCUCUGGAUUAUGCGAGAGUGCGGAACGCCUAAUGUCCCAUUGUUUUCAGCGCUUCGAAAGCUGCAAGAACAAUUGAAGACCGAGCUUGGACUUGAACCCAAGCGACAUACGUCGAGUUUGGGCAAUGUAUUUUACAUGAAUCACCCCCGAAAACUCCUUUCUCUUGAUUGGGCAAAUCCACUGGUUCGGAAACACAUUAAUGUGUAUCCCGAGGUCUCUGAAACUGUAUCAGAGCCAUGGCAAGCGGACAAGUGGCUAAACGAGAUUGAUUUUGAACACCUCUCACCAAUGUGGGCGGACUGGAAAAGGUCGCCAUACCGUCAUUUUUAUAUCAAAGAAAUCGCCCAGCUUGAUGAUGGUUCAUUUGUGGUGCCUCUCAUGUGGGUGAUGGUGAUGGGUGUUGUCCAUGCGAGAGCUUGUCGCAUUCUUUCCGAGGUUGGGAACGAGAACGCCAACCUACCUCAUCUGCACCACAAUCAGGAGUAUUUUGUUCGCUUUGUGACGACUUCCCAGCACGCUUCUGCAUUGGAGCAGUUUGAUGCACUCAAAAGCGAUUUUGGUGUCUGGACGAACGCAUAUGAUUGCGAACUUGCGCAGGAGAUUGUCUUUCAAGUGCAGCCACAUUGCUUACCUGCGGACAACCCCCAGCAAGCCGAGUCGUGCUCAUGUGGUGGACUCGGUUCGAAUCACAAUUGUCGAUACGAUACGACCGGAGGAACGAAAAGCGCCAAAGAGUCCAAUGAAGGGUAUCAUUCCCUUUUCCAGCCCGGAACACCGCGAACACCAGAGAAUACCCGGAACGAAAUUGAGAGACAGAUCAAAACGGCGUGCUCUGGUGUCGAUCCCAGAGAUUUACAGACAGAGACUGGAGUAAAGGAUAAGAUCGCCCAGUUUUGGAUCAGUCAAGUAUUACCAAUGGCUAAGGAACGUUUCAAACAGCGAGCAACGGAUCCAGCAACAAAAGAUGAACGCCUGAAAGCUGCUAAGCUUACCCCAGAGCAAAGAACCGCCCUCAAGGACGAGAUCCGUGAAGAAAUACAAACCGAGAUGUUCUCUUGGCUAGUCACACAGCCACCUGAGCGCUACGAAUUGCUUCCCAAAGACUCUGAGCUCAGAGGUCAGCUCCGCCCUGGGGAUCACUUCAAUCCGUUCCUAUCGGUUGACGGGCUCGAUCCUCAUCGAGACAGUCCAUGCGAAACCCUCCAUACCUAUCUUCUUGGCCAGAAGAAGUAUGUCUGGCACGCAACGAGCAAAGGGUGGGACAAGAAGAAAGAGGAUGUCUUUGCAACUCGCCUCCGAGGGGUAUCCAUCGACGGUCUCUCCAUCGAUUCCAUCCGGGCCCAAUAUUUCGUUCGCUACAAAAAUUCGUUGAUAGGAAAGCAUUUCAAAUCUCUCCAGCAGGUCGCAAUCUUCUGUUUGAACUCGGAUUCACUCUGCUCCCCCGAUCUCUUCAACCUUUGGAAGGCUUCUGGUGAAUUGGGUGCUCUUCUGUGGUUUUCGGAGAUCAGAAAUAUGGAUGAAUAUGUCGAGAACCUUUCAGUUGCGAUUGCCAACGUUCUGGACCUUUGGGCUGUCCUCGAUCCAGAGCGCAUAAUAACAAAAUUCAAGUUACACGCGCUUACACACCUGCCCGAUGAUGUCCGGCGCUUUGGACCUCCCGCCCUGUUCGCAACCGAGGUUUUCGAAUGCUGGAAUGCAAUCUUCCGCUUCUGCAGCAUCCUUUCAAAUCACCAAUCGCCUUCGCACGACAUUGCGAAUACUCUCAUUGGAAUGGAGCGCUUCAAACAUCAAGUAAGUGGCGGGUGGUGGAAAGACAGUAAAGGACAAUGGGUGCAGGCUGGCCCCAGUGUGAAGGGGAUACUGGCCAGAGACCCGGAGCUGCAGCGACGUUUGGGUUGGUCAGAAGGGAUCGGACUCGUCCCAGGCACUGUUCGUGUACAAGCUGCACGGAAGCGAGUGGCAUUGUCGUUCAGCGAGAUCCUGAGCCCUUGGAAUCAGUUAGUCGAGCCUGAGGGAGGCCCAGGGCCCCGCCGAUGGUGGAGAGGUGUAUUCCUCGUUUCUCGAUCUGGAGACAUUUGUAAGGAGGACUCGUGGGUCUUUUAUUAUGCUCACUCAACCGAGACUGUUCAAGCGGGUCGCAUCCGUCGCAUAAUUGCACCUGAAGGAUCAGAUUACUGUGGAGAGAAUAGAAAAGCGCUGGUUCUGAUCGAGAGGUAUUCUAUUGCAUCCAAUAGGGAUGCACGCUUUGGAAUGCCUAUAUUGGUCAAACCAAAUGAUAUCUCUGAGUCGACGAGGCUGCUACCCACCAGUGACAUUCUUUUCAUUUUCAAUGCUCAACAUGACUGUGCUCAUGCACAAUGCGAAACUACACGAGUUCCCAUCCUACAGGAACGAGAAGAAACCACCCAGUUUUACGAGAAGAUUUCGCAUCGAGGGGACGAACAAUUCUUGAUCAACACGCACGCGCUUCAUAACGCUGUCCUCCUUCGCGAAGCUAUCCCGCGAAGUUUAACUCAACCUCUUUUGGUAUUCCAGGAUCGAAAGGCAAAGCACGACGAAUUUGCGGCGACGCUACAAAUCACGGGCCCUGCCAAACGUGCGGAUACUGCUGCUAAAAGAAAGGAAACCACUGCUCGAAAAUCUGCGGCCAAAGCACUCAGGGAGCAAGCUAAGAAGACGGUGGCAGACAAGCGCUCACCCGUGGUUGACGAGCCCUUGGAGGAGCGUUCAGGCCCGGGAGAUGAGGGCCCAGAGGGGGAAGGUAUGGAUGUAGAUAAGGAAUGA